AGCUGUACUGUGUCACGUUAUGGCCAUCGUAUUGCGCAGCAACGUCACCAGCAUCGCUCACAAUGCGUCCAUCAGCAUUGCUCUGCCGCAAAAGAGAGCUGAGGCGUUUUUCUUACAUUGUCGGGGCCUGAGCACGCGACCUCCCCUACAGCGACCAGAAGUCGCAUAUGUAGUUGUCCAAGAUGAUGCUCACCUUCCUUUCGUGGAUCUAAGCAACUCAUCGCACGGACGGAGGCGCGAAGAUCUCAAUCACCGCGCCGAUGGUUCCAAGGAGAACCCCGCAGAGCGUCUCCAAACGACGGAUUCAGACGACUGGCACGCGGAGGUACAGAUUGUACCAGAAUACAGAGCUGCGCUACCGGAGCCAUCCGCUACCGCCCUCACAGAUCCGAAGGGUGCCAUCAAAAACAUAGGGUUUCUCGAGUCUGGCUCGCCUCGUGAACCAGGACCAAGCGCAAGUGAGCACGUGGCAGCCCCUGUUCUUCCACACGGUGCUACUGCACAUGUUCUAAAGAGCAGAGCACAGUCGAGAUCAGAACGCAAGCGACGACGCAUCGAAGCAGGAAGCUACCGAGCUCAAGCUGCAGUCCGCGACGCGCAAGGACAGUCGGGGAGAAGUCGCAUCGAGACCGUGCUCGCCAAGAUCGCCAAGCUUGAUGGUGAGAAGGUCAGUGGGAACGUAACACCUGUAUCUCCCAGCGAUGAUGAGCCGAAUGCGAAGACUCUCGACAAGCCAUUUAAGGACGUCAAGACUGUACCACAAGUCACAGAAAAGUUAAGGAAGCUCGGCCGGGAAACAUGGCAGACUCAGAAAGAGGCACUCGAGCACAAGUUUGGUGAUGCGGGAUGGCAGCCAAGAAAGCGCCUGUCACCGGAUACACUUGAUGGCAUUCGUGCAUUACAUGCUUCCGACCCAACAGCUUAUUCCACGGCAACCCUUUCAGAACACUUCAAAGUGACACCCGAGGCUAUUCGGCGCAUAUUGAAGUCGAAAUGGCGACCGAGUGAAGCGGAAGCCGAUGACCGUCGAUCACGCUGGGAGCGGCGUGGUGCGAAGAAAUGGCAAGCUAUGGCCGAGCAAGGAAUGCGGGCGCCAGCGAAAUGGCGUGCCAUGGGAGCUGGAGGAGAAGAGGGUCUGAAGGAAGAGAGAAUGCCAAGAAGGAUAAAGGAUAGGAAAUCUAACCACCUGAGUUGGGACGAUGUUGUGGGCGGGAUGGGUGAACGAGUCAAUCCGCACAAGCAACCGUUAGCAGAGAGGUUUCUCUGACGUUUCGCUCUUACGACUUGAGUACAUGAAGCCUAACUAUUGCCGCUUGUUGUACAAACGUCAUAUCUAUCAGAAUGGGAGACAUAAUGGCCAACCUUUGUCCAUAGUAGUCUAGAGCCAAGGCCACUGGCAGUGUUUCCCAAAAAUCAGUGACCUCGCGUGACGCCUUGAGGUACUUCCUAAUCGG